AGCCGGAAGCACGCCAGCGAGCCCGGAAGCGGGCGCGCGAAGAGGCAGCCGUUCGGCAUUGGAGGCGGGGUGGCGGGAUGUCGGUUGCAGCUGCGUGCGCGUUGCCGCCGGUGAAGGCCAUGCGCCGAGGGAACCGGCAAAGCGUCGAAGGCAGGGACGACGAGCAGGAGCCGCUGUGGGAUGGGGAAGUGACGCUGGACAGCCAGCGGUGCAGGCGGGAACCGCAGCCCGUGCAGCAGCUAGUUUCGAUGGAGGAUGGAAAGGAGCAGGAGGAGGAGAAGCUGGAACGGGAGCACUUCCGGAGAAUUAUCAACGCCUUUCGUUACUAUGGAAUCAAUAUGCAUGAAAGAGUGAAUCGUGCAGAAAGACAGUUCAGAUCCCUUCCAGUCAGUCAACAGAAAUUGCUUCCUCAAUUCCUUCCUCAUCUUGAUAAGAUUCGGAAAUGCAUUGAUCAUAAUCAAGGAAUCUUGCAGUCCAUUGUGAAUGACUGCACACACAUGUUUGAAAAUAAAGAAUAUGGUGAUGAUGGAAAUAAAAAGAUUACACCAGCUUCAACUUUUGACAUGGAUAAAUUAAAAUCCACUUUGAAACAAUUUGUAAGAGAUUGGAGUGAAACUGGGAAACCUGAGAGAGAUUCCUGCUAUCAGCCAAUCAUUAAUGAAAUUGUAAAGAACUUUCCAAAAGACAGAUGGGAUCUCUCCAAAGUUAAUAUCCUGGUACCUGGUGCUGGCCUAGGUAGAUUGGCUUGGGAAAUAGCUAUGCUUGGUUAUACUUGCCAAGGAAAUGAAUGGAGCCUCUUUAUGUUGUUCUCUUCUAAUUUUGUACUCAACAGAUGCUGUGCAACUAAUUCCUAUAAACUAUAUCCCUGGAUACAUCAGUUUAGCAAUAACAAGAGAUCUGCCGAUCAAAUACAGCCAAUUUAUUUUCCCGAUGUUGACCCUCACAGUCUUCCUCCUGGUGCAAAUUUUUCUAUGACAGCAGGCGAUUUUCAGGAAAUCUACUCUGAGUGUAAUAUAUGGGAUUGCAUAGCAACCUGUUUCUUCAUAGAUACCGCACAUAAUGUCAUAGAUUACAUUGAUACAAUAUGGAAAAUACUCAAACCUGGAGGAAUAUGGAUCAAUUUAGGUCCUCUUCUUUACCACUUUGAAAAUUUAGCAAAUGAAUUAUCUAUUGAGCUGAGCUAUGAAGAUAUUAAAAAUGUUAUAUUACAAUAUGGAUUCCAUAUAGAGGUGGAGAAUGAAUCUGUUUUGACAACGUAUACCGUGAAUGAGCUAUCUAUGAUGAAAUAUUACUACGAAUGUGUGAUGUUCGUGGUUAGGAAACCAGAGAGCAGUAUGUGAAAUGGAUCAUCCAAGGAGGGAAAUGCUGGCAUUUUGCUGAUAAUGUUAAUGCAAAAUGCCCUCUAAGUGAUGUCUGGACACAACCUUUCAGCAGUGGUGCCUUCUUACUUCUCACAGAAUGUAUUUCUUUUUUUUUUCUUGUUUUCUCAUAUGGUCUCAAGACAGGAACUUAUGGAUAUCUGUAUUUCAGUAAUGAAAAUGGAUUGCAACUAUUCCUACAGUUUUCCUCUAACUUAUAUUUACUGUUUUUCCUUUGAACUCCGACAUUUUUAACAUUCACAGUUCUCUGUAAUAUACUAAACUCCCUACUGUCUGUCUUUAAAAGAAUACUUAACAUCAUAUUGGAUAUACGAUUGGUUUCCUUUGUCUCACAUUGUAUGUAAGGCAAAUACAAACAGCUCCCCCCCGCCAUGUGAAUGUAUUUAAAUAUUUUUUGUUGCCUUUGCAUCACGCAUGACUUGUUUCCUGCAAAUUUUACAAGUAGUUUUUACUAAUUAUCAAAGAGAUGCAGAAUGGUAAGCAAUGAGUAAAACUUAAGGUCACACAUUCCAUUAUAACCUUUAACAUGAAACUGAUAUUGAGGGCUGGAACUCCUAAUAAUCCCACUUUCAUGUCAAGCAGUUGACAAAGCAUUUGAAAUAUCAAUAGGUGGUAGAAGUCAUUAAAAUUAGUAGUUGAGAAGAUGAGACAGUUAACAGUAAUCCUUAUAUUGUAAUACUUGAAUUGCUUGGAGUAGCCACAGUCCAACCUCCAAUAGCUGCAGUUAAAUAUACCUAAUUCUGUGAGGGAUUGUCUGACAAUGUUAAGGCAGGGUGUGUAUUUUGUAUAAUGGAAUUAAAACUCAGGAAACAAAACCAACUUUUAGUACUGCUUUUUGAGACAGUAACAUUGGCAGUUCCUCUGAGCUCACCAACCCAGAAUGUGUAUGUUAAUACUGCGGAUGAUACAACUUUGAUGAAGCUGUUACCUAGAUGCACUGCCACUCCAAGCUACCACUAUUUAGCUUGAUCUGCUUGUCAGAGAUUCUUAUCUGGAUUUCAUGUGACCAUCACUUAUUGUUUACUACACAGCUUAAAAUUCUAAUUAUGGUUGGAGUUACGAUAAUGAUUUCUUGGGCUACCAGAAUAUAUAAAACAUUUCUUUAAAAGAUAACCACAGUAAAAUUUGCUACUGAAAUAACCACAUUUCAAAUCUCCCAAGACCUGAAGAUGUGUGAGGUUUGUCUCCUCCAGAUCAAAUAGGCUGACUUGUUUGGCAAGUACAAUCCAAAUUGAUUAUGAAGGACUAAAUGAAUUUACAUGGCUUAAAAUUAUUGAUCUCAAAUUAAGGGGAUGUGAGUAGUUUUUGCUGAGAACCAAAUAAUACAAAUGCACUCCAGUUUGUGGUUAGACAUUGCUAGCAAUGUCUGGUUCAGCAGUGAUGCUUUAAUGUAAAUUAAUUUAACAUGUAAUGAAUUGCUCAGUAAGCAAAACUGUUCUAGUGAUGAAAGGGUACAAUCCUGUGUGUGCUUAGAUAGCAAAAAGGCCUACAGGUCCCACCAUGCCCUAGCCAGCCAUUUAUGAGACUUGUAGCCCUUUCUGCUACCUUAAAGAAUUGUAUCUUAAAUCGAAUAGGUUGGCAUGUAAGAAUUCAGAUUUGGUGUUUGGGUUGCUUUGCUCUAGUACAGAUUGGAGGAAAACUACCACUUUAGUAGACUUUCCCUUAAAUAUUUUAGGAACCAUCUGAACAGCAUUUAUAGUUCCCAAAAAUGCCACAAUUUUCCCAGUUUGAGCAAGGAUGCAAUCUUACAGCCUCCCUUAAGCUCCUUAGCUGGAAGCGAGUUCCACUGAAUUAGUGGAACUUAGUUCUGAAUAAACAUUUAUAGGAUUGUACUGUUACUUUUAGCAAGUUGGUACCUAUGCUUACAAUAGUCAUUAGUGAAAUAAUGUGACAGUGCUUUAGGAAGCAUCAUCUGUAGCUGAUCGCUGGUUUCACAUGGAGCUCCCUCUAUUAAUAUUGCUAUAUCACUGCUAGGGUGGGAGCAAAGUUUUGGGCUUUGCUCUUGCAGGCGUGUGAAUUGAGACUGAAGCAAGAAAGUGCUUGGUAGUUAAAUAUACAUUUAUUCCAUAAACAGUUAAUUUUACUAUGUACAUCAAGUUCCUUGAAUUAAUAAAAACCUGUUAAGGCCUUAGAUUUCAUAUUUGGACUUUAUCCAAAUAGGACUUAUUCUGUCUUUCCAAUUGCUUUAUUAUUUCCCACUCAAACAUCAGUUACUAUUGAGAGUGUUCAUCUAUAUUUCCUUUCUGAAAUUCAGCAAUAAUUAAUUUAUUAUUCAGAAAUAAUUAAUUUCUGAAUUAAGAUUUUUUUCUUCAAUGCAUACAAGAAUUUCAGAAUAAAGGCAGGGUAAAUAUUGAUAUUAGGCAUUAGAAUUGUAUUUCCAUUAUUUAUCUCUGUAAUUCAUGUACUGUAUAUGAUAAGAUUAAUCAUGAAUUACUCUGUGUCUUUGUUAUUCUGUGAUGUUUAUAUGCAAAGUGGAAAUUACCUGAUCGGCAGUAUUAACCUUUUACAUCUAAAAUGCUAUAUAGAGUAACAUUUAAAGGUUCAUACUCUGUCAAUUAAAUUUGAGUAAACGGGAAAAUGUAAAAUAGCUUGUUUCAAAAUAAGUUUACAAUCAGCUGUGAAGGUGUUAACUGGAAACUUUACUGCAAAAUGACUUCCAGUUUAUUGGUGACAAGUAAAAUGGCUUUUUUCUCUACUAGCCUUUGCUCUAAGUAUGGCCAAUAUUUUGUUGGCUUUUCUUUUAAUACUGAUCUUGCUAUAUGUAAUGUCUUUAAUGCCUUUUCUUCAAGGUUUAUUAGUGGCUAAAUACAAAGAACCAGGAACCUGUACCUCAAGACUGAACCUGUGCUUAUGUAACUGACUUUUUUUUUUUAAAGAAUACCCUUGUUGUGACAGCAAAUGAAUCACCAGCAUCAUUGGCAUUGUAAAGCAACAUGGCUCUGUUUUCACUUGCCCCAUUUAUAGAGUAUCUGUAUAGGUACAGCUAUGUAGAUACCGCAACGGUUGUGCUGUAGAACUACUCAGUUGAACUAAGCUAUACAUGCUGAAACAUGCUAAAGUCAGCAAAAGUCCAUUGGUGACUUUAGUAGGUGUGCUUUUACACGAUCUGGCAUUUGUUCUAAACCUCAUCUGUCUGCCAUAUACCCAUGCUGGAUUAGAUUAAGGAUCCAUCUAGUUCAACAUUCUUUUGACAGAGUGGCAAGCUAGCCCCCUCUGGAAACUCAGUUAAGACCCUGCCCAGAAACUGGUAUACACAGGCAAUCUUGCCUCUGAUGCACGUAACUCUUGGGAAAUAGCUUUUGAUAGACUUAAGCUCCAUGAAUUUGGUUACUUUCCCUUAAAGCCAUGUGGCCAUCACUAUAUGUUAUGGUAAACAUUGCUGUGUUGUAAGCUUAUGACUAGCUGUGGUUCCUCCUGUCCCCAAGUUCUGGGUGUUCUUGUGCACUCUAUCUAAUUUAGUUACAUGGGGCUGGACUGCAUCAUGUCAACAGAAAGGAAAACUGAUUGUGUAAUGGAUUUUCCUUCUCCCAAAUUUGCUUCAGAGGGCUGAGGAACCCUCUGGAGAUUUGCAGUAGGAAUAGAACAGAAAGGACAGUUGUACAAGCAGACUUCCAUAUCCACAACUUUGGAUCAAAGCCACUGCUUUAGUCCUAUUCAGAAGUGCCUGCCUUCUUGCUUUCCACCUGCCCUUUAAAUCAAUGAAAGGUUGCAGGGCCGGAGUAUUUCUAUAAAACAGCUCACUGACGUUCCCUAUCAAUUUAACAGAGGAACCUUAAGCAUAGCUGUUUCCCAUCCAUUUUUCUCCAUUCCCUGUAAGCACACAGGGCCUAGGCUUUAGCUGCACAAGUUAUAUCAGUGCUUUGGCACAGGUUAGAGGAACCUGGUGCCCUCUGUAUGCUGGAUUGCAGCCCAUCAGCUGUAGCCAGCACAGCUGCUAAUGGGGAAUGAUGGAGUUGCAGUCCUGCAGCAGCUGGUGGGUUACACAUUCUCUAUCCUCAAUUUAUCAAGUACGCUGAUGUGAGUUUUAGCUCACAUGCUUAGACUUUAUUUGAAGGAUGGCAUUUCUGCUUAUUUAUAUGAUGUGUAGAUGGUGCCAGCAUUCACACAGUUAGGUUUAAUAAGUAUCACUUUGAUAUUUUCAGAUUAAGUGUGUUGCAGCUAAUGCAUAAUUUAAAUCCAUGUAAUUUUGGUGUUUGUGUGGUUCACAUAAAGCAAUGCAAAAUUUUGUCCUCUUUAUGAAUUUAGGUGAAAUAAUUGAAUAUUUUUUUCUAUCUAGAAUACAUUUCUGUGGAUUGGGUUUAUCUGAAAUAGUAGGGCAAAUGUCCAUCAUACCUAGCACAUACAACAAAAACCACACAGCUCUAAUAUUUUUAUCUUUAUGCUGGUGCAUUUCGGAAUGAAAACACUGGUGAGAAGACAUUCUCCCACCAGUUUAAGGACUACUUUGACAGGUGAACUAUCCAGAUUCAAUCUAAAAGGGUCUGGUGUGCUCGGAUUACAUCAAGACAACAAGACAAGGUAGACUCCCUGAGUCUAAAAACUGUCUCUGUAUUUUAUUAUAUGUUACUGUCUUUCCUCUCUCAAUGGGAGCAUUAAUUGUAAAUUUUCUGAAAGCAAGACCUUGAAAAGUAAGAAGCAAUUUCUAAUUUAUUUACUUAAAUGACUAAUCAAAAGGGAUACUUACUAAUGAUCUGAUUUAUAACUUAAACUAUAAAGUCACUUAUCAGCUGUGCUUAAGGAGGUAAAGCUGUAAGUAUUUCAAUGAUGAUAAGCUGACAACUUGAAGUUGCUGAUAUUCAUUAAAAGGGAGAGAGAAAGCAAUCUUUGUUGUUUAGAGAUGCCAUUUUCUUUGCCUUUUCAGUGUAAAAAUAUUGAAAAGUUUAAAAAAGAAACCCUAAAUACAUACGCUUUAAAAGCCAGUUUGAAUAUUUAAUAUACUUUAAGCAUAUUUUUAAAACAAAGAGAAUUUGUAUUCUCCUGGACAGCUGUUAUCCAGACAAAGCAAAGAACUGAGAGCUUUUCCUUCCCCCACCCCCCUUGCCUUUUCUGCAUGGAAAGAAGUGGAGGAGAUUCUAGUGCCAUGAAGUGGUUUUUCUUCAAAAUACUAAAAUACAACAUUCGCACCAUCUGGUGGACUUGAAGAAGAUUACAAGGACCCUGAAAAAAUAUAGGGAGCAAUAGAUUUCCCUUUGUUUGCAGACACACUUGUGAAGAAAAAGAAUUGCACAAGGACUUCGAAAAAAUUCUACAGGAUUGUCAUCCUUAAUAAAUUAACAUAACAAAAUUAUAACAAUUAGCAGCAUUAUAUACUAACAUUAAGAAAUCAAUGUGCUAAUAAUUUUUCCCAUUUCCUCCUCUAUUCUUUCCUGACAUUUGAUUCCUUCUUCUUUCCUUCUCCUUUUUUCCCUUAAAUGUAGUAAUGCUUUUUAUCCAUCUUUUUACACAAUCCAAGAAAUUUAAGAAUAGUAUUGAUCUUGCAGUGUUGGAAUUGGGAAUUGUUAUGCAUAGAUUUAACAUUUUUGAAAUAGUCAAUGAAAACAUUGUAUGACAUAUUUAAGCAGAAAAUAAAUAGAAUAAAGAAUAAUAUGGCAGCAGCCCAGUCAAAGGAAAUGAGGAAGAGGGGUGGAACUGGAGAAGAAGAUGCAGAUGUUACAGAAUUGAUGGAUAAGAUUCAAGAGACAUUAACUCAAAUAGUUACAAAUAAAACAAAGGAGAAAGCCCAGGAAAAGAUAAGAGAAAUUUCAUGUUUAAGGCAGAAAUUUUAGUUAGGGAUAUCAAAAAGGAGAUACAAGAAAAUUCAAAAGAACUUACAAAAAUUAAGAUAAACAGGAAAUAAUUGAAGUACGUAUAGAAGGGCAAGAUUCUGAGACUGAAAGGGUGAACCAAAGAAUCCAAAUUUCUGAUGUCCAGAGUAGACAUAAGAAUAUUUGAUUCAGAGGAGUCUCUGGAUAUUUUGACAGGAAAAAAAUCUUGAAGACCAUCUUCAUAACUUCUACAAGAUUAUAUGAAUAUUUAAAGGAACUUUCCCAACAUUGAACAGGUAUUUAGAAUAUACUCAAUCUUUGCACUUAACAAUAAAUUGCCUCGCAACAUAUUGGUCAGAUUUACAAACAAGAAAACACAAGAUUCUCUAUUGAACAGAAGAGGAUCUCUACUAAAAAAAUAACUGGGAAAGAAGUACAGAUUUUUCAAGAUUUACCAAGAAAUUUGCUAUGAAAAAGAAAUGGCUUCCUUUUCUUAAGACAAAUUCUACAAAGGAAAACACAAGAUAUUGUUGGAUAGUCCCAGUUGCUAUAAAAGUAGUAGUGUCUGAAGGGAUAAUUAAAAUUAUAACACUAGAACAAGCCAAGCAGCUGACAGAAGAAUUACCAACUGAAGCUAAAUUCAAAGAAUCUGAAAAACAAAUAGAGAAGAUAUACUGUGUAUCAAAGAAACUCUACAUGUAAAGGAAAAAAAUGGUCAUAUUUAAAAUAAUAGCAAAUUGGGCAAAGUUUUUGAAGUUUCAGCAGUUACCAAAAUAAAAAAAGGAGUUGCAAUGCAUGUUAAUAAUCAAGGCCUCAAUGUUAUAGAAGAAUUAAAAGACUCUGAAGGAAGAUUAUCCUUAGGAUUUUUGAAUGGUAAGAAAUGUAGAUUGGCAACAAUAUACAUGCCUUGAAUAAUGCAAAAGAAAAAUUUUAUGAAAAAUUAUUUCAGUCACUAUUGGAUUUCCAAGAAGGAGAAAGAUUGAUUUUUGGAGUCGUGGACCAAAUAAAGAUGAUACUGAUGAAUGGAAUUAUGGACCAAAUAAAGUUAAGUCUAAAAAAGUUAAAUGGGGUGAACUCCCUAGAAAUGUUUUCAGUGAUAUGAAAUGCUACCAUUGGAAGAUGCAAGGGAGCAUAACACAAAAGUUAGAGAUUUUUUUUCGGAGAGACAUCAGAUAUAUUCAAGAAUGGAUAAGUGCUGGAUUUCUAAAACUAAAGAAGUUAGAGGCUGCAAAAAUCAACCAAAGAUAUUUUCAUAAUCUAGUAGAAAUAGUAUGGCGAAAACAGCAAGCUAGAAGAUGGAGAUUAAAGAUAAUCAUCUACUACAAGAACAUAGUCUGAAGUGUGAAAAAGAUUUAGAAGAAUUUUAUAGACUUAAUAAUAGAAGGGAUAUUUCAUGGCAGCAAUAUGGGAAAUCAGUAAAACUUAUAUGAAAG